ACGGAAAUCACAUGGUAAUUAGUGGGGGUGUGGUCUAAUAAACAUGGCCUCCUUGAGGAAACUCUCUAUUCUUCAGCUUGGAGGUUUCCUUUGCUCCAGACGAGUCUAUCCUUCACUGCAGGCUCCGUUAUUAUCCAGGACCUUAUCCUCCUCGUUCAAUACUACUUUGAAUAGACUCUACAGCCAGUACUACAGGUCCCAGUGCAGAGGCUACAGGUCUACUGUUAGCUCUAGUAACAGACAGACCCUCACUUAUAUGGCAGCCAUUGCUGUUGCAGUCACUGGACUCUCUUAUGCUGCCGUGCCACUCUACAGGCUCUACUGUCAAGCCUCAGGGUAUGGUGGGACAGUCAGUAAGGCGACCAGUGGAGAUAAGAUUGAGAAGAUGGAGCCAGUGGAAGAAAGAGCAAUAACAGUAAAGUUCAGCUCAUCCAUCAGUUCUGGGAUGAGAUGGAAGUUUGUACCUCAACAAAGAGAAAUAAAAUUGUUGCCAGGAGAAACAGCACUAGCAUUCUACACAGCAACUAACCCAACUGACAUACCAAUAACUGGUAUUGCUACUUAUAAUGUACUCCCUUUCGAUGCUGGACAAUACUUUAACAAGAUACAAUGUUUUUGUUUUGAAGAACAAAGAUUGAAUCCUCACGAACAAGUUGAUAUGCCAGUAUUUUUUUACAUUGAUCCAGAGUUUGUUGAAGAUCCUGCCAUGAUUAAUGUACACACUAUCACACUCUCAUACACUUUAUUUGAAGCUAAAGACAAUGAAACUAUUCCUAAUAUUAACAGCAAUAAUAAAUCAGUAUAGUUUAAACAAUAAAUCAAUCAAUCAAUACUUAUGUAGCCUAAACUAAUCAUGUAUACUAAAAUGGAGGGACAACAAUAACAGCUAAUGUUUAUAAGUAUGAAGA